AUGGCAAGUAAUCUGCCAAAGACUACUGCAGAUGUGCAACAAGAAGAUAUCUUUCAGGCCAUCAGGAAUAAUGAUUUGCCAAAAGUCCAAAGUCUACUCAAUUUCUGCAGUAUUCAUUCAUCAAAUAUUGUGGAUAAAACCAAUAAAAACAAUACACCUCUGCAUUGUGCCGUAGAAGAGAACAGGUAUGAAAUAGUCCAGGAACUAUUAUUGGAAAAGUGGAAAAUAAAUAUAAACGCGCAAAAUGAUGAUGGUGAUACUGCCCUGCACGUAGGCGCCAAGAAGAACUCCGAUCGACUGAUACAUUUGCUCCUCAAAAACGGAGCAAUUAGCGAUGCCGUCAACAAGGAUGGUAAAACAUUUCUGGAUGUGAUCAGGAUAUUGGUGAUUCAAACAGGAAAGUGCAAAAGCAACAACCAAGUUAAGAAGAGCGUAGCUAUAUCUAGUCAACCGGGACCAUCUCGAAUAGUUACAGGUCAAAGUGAGGAGCAAAAAAUAAAAAUAACUGAGAAAAAGGCUACAAAUUCUGCAGUCGAUAAAAAUAAACAAAUAGUAUCUCCACCUUUUUUGGACAGAAAUGCUAAAAUAAACAAUAUUACCAAUAAAAACUGGUCCCUCCUGCACGUUGCGGCACACAAUGGAGAAUUAGCAAGGAUUAAACACUUGAUAAACCUUGGAGCCAAAAUAGAUGCCGAAAGUGAUGACAAGUUGACGCCACUUCAUUUUGCCGCUAUGAAUGGAUUUAUAGAUGUGGUUCAACUAUUGAUCGACAAAGAAGCAAAUAUUGAAGCUAUCGACGAUAAACGACGGACGCCAUUAUAUGUUGCAUCUGAAAAUGGUCAUUUGGAGGUAGUGCAGUUUCUGAUUAGAAAAGGCACCAAUGUCAAUGCUGCUAAUAAACAAAAUUCGACUUCAUUGCACAUCGCAUCUCAAAAUGGUCAUUUGGAGGUAGUGCAGUUUCUUAUUAGUAAAGGCGCCAAUGUCAAUGCUGCUAAUAACACAAAUUGGACUCCAUUGCACAUCGCAUCCCACAGAGGUCAUUUGGAGUUAGUGCAGUUUCUGAUUAGUAAAGGCGCAAAUGUCAAUGCUGUUGAAAAAGUAAAUUGGACUCCAUUGCACAUCGCAUCCUACAAAUGUCAUUUGGAGGUAGUACAGUUUCUAAUUAGUAAAGGCGCCAAUGUCAAUGCCGUUAAUAACACAAAUUGGACUCCAUUGCACAUCGCAUCUGGAAAUGGUCAUUUGGAGGUAGCGCAGUUUCUUAUUAAUAAAGGUGCCAAUGUCAAUGCUGGUAAUAAUGAAAAUUAUACUCCAUUGCACAUCGCAUCUCAAAAUGGCCACUUGGAAAUAGUCCAGUUUCUUAUUAGUAAAGGCGCCAAUGUCAAUGCUGUUAAUAAUGAUAAUUGUACUGCAUUGUAUGUUGCAUCUCGAAAUGGUCAUUUGGAGGUAGUGCAGUUUCUGAUUAGUAAAGGCUCCAAUGCCCAUACCGUUGAUAACAAAAAUUGGACUCCAUUGCACAUCGCAUCUCAAAAUGGUCACUUGGAGGUAGUGCAGUUUUUGGUUAAUAAAGGCGCAAAUGUCAAUGCUGUUGAAAAAGUAAAUUGGACUUCAUUGCACAUCGCAUCCCACAAAGGUCAUUUGGAGUUAGUGCAGUUUCUGAUCAGUAAAGGCGCCAAUGUCAAUGCUGUUAAUAAUGAAAAUUGUACUGCAUUGUAUGUUGCAUCUCAAAAUGGUCACUUGGAGGUAGUGCAGUUUCUGAUUAGUAAAGGCGGAAAUGUCAAUGCUGUUGCAAAAUCAAAUUGGACUCCAUUGCACAUCGCAUCUCUUUAUGGUCACUUGGAGAUAGUGCAGUUUCUGAUUAGUGAAGGCGCCAAUGUCAAUGCUGCUAAUAACAUAAAUUGGACUCCAUUGCACAUCGCAUCCCACAAAUGUCAUUUGGAGAUAGUGCAGUUUCUGAUUAGUAAAGGCGCCAAUAUCAAUGCCGGUAGUAAAACAAAUUGGACUCCAUUGCACAUCGCAUCUGAAAAAGGUCGUUUGGAGGUAGUGCAGUUUCUGAUUAGUAAAGGCGCCAAUGUAAAUGCCGCUGAUUACAUAAAUUCGACUCCAUUGCACAUAGCAUCUCAAAAAGGUCACUUGGAGGUAGUGCAGUUUCUUAUUAGUAAAGGCGCCAAUGUCAAUGCUGCUAAUAACACAAAUUGGACCCCAUUGCACACUGCAUCUCGAAAUGGUCACUUGGAGGUAGUGCAGUUUCUGAUUAGUAAAGGCGCCAAAGUAAAUAUAUGCAAUAUUUUGAAAUGGACCCCACUGCACUGGGCAACCUAUAAUGGCCACAAAAAUGUCGUCCAAAUAUUAAUAAAUAAAGGCGCAAAUCCUGAUAUAGCAGAUAUCGAUAACAAGACGCCGAUGGACAUUGCUGUUAAAAAAGAAUAUAAAGAAAUUGUUGAACUACUGCAAAUUAAAACAACCAACUAA